UCCGUACAGCCGUUUGCUGUAGUCGCACUUCUUUUGCAGAAAUUCAUCACCAAAAUCGUGUUUCACUCUGCAGCGACAAUGGCGGGUGCACUCCGAUCCGUGAGCCUGCAGCAUCCGAUCAUAGCAACGCCGGCGCUCUGCCGUGCCGGUUCAUAUCCUCCGGCGUCGGAGCCAUCGUUUUUCGUCGGCAGGUUGAAUGCUGCCCCUCUUAACUGGAAGUUGCGCCUCCGUUCGGUUUCUAGAAGUGGUUGUGUUAUUUCAGCGAGUUCGAGUCAGAGGAUUGGCGAUGGAGAAAAUCGGCUUCCGCAAGUUUUGAAAUCAAAUUGGAAAACAGUGUUAGCUAGGUUUGCAGUCGAUAAUUUUCUGCCAUUAGCACUUGUCUCUGGAGUAGCAAUAGGAUUUGCCAAUCCUGGCCUUGGUUGUCUUGCUGAUAAAUAUUAUCUAUCGAAAUUUAGCACCUUCGGAAUAUUUAUAAUUUCAGGAUUAAUGUUGCGCAGUGAUGACAUUGGUGCAGCAGCAGAAGCAUGGCCAGUUGGACUUUCUGGGCUAGCUUCUAUUCUUUUUUUGACUCCCUUAUUUUCAAAGAUCAUUAUGCUACUCAAGCUCCAGCCACAAGAAUUUGUCACAGGACUUGCUAUUUUUAGUUGUAUGCCAACAACAUUAUCUAGCGGAGUAGCAUUAACUCGGCUGGCUGGAGGGAACUCUGCUCUUGCUCUAGCAAUGACUGUAACAUCAAAUUUAUUAGGAAUUUUAAUUAUACCUUUUUCAGUUUCAAAAUUUGUAGCUGCUGGGGUGGGAGUAUCUGUUCCGGCCAAACAGCUACUGAGAAGCCUUGCGAUCACACUUUUACUCCCCCUUAUUUUGGGAAAGAUUGCUCGAGAAGUUUCCAAAGGGAUUGCAGAAUUUGCAGAUGGAAAUCGUAAGCUGUUGGGGAUGAUUAGUGCCGUCCUCCUUAGUCUUGUCCCCUGGAUUCAAGUCAGCCGAUCAAGGUCUCUUCUUUUAAUGGUGAGGCCGACUAUAUUUUUUGGAGCAAUCUUGAUGGGAGCAUUUCUACAUCUUGCCCUUUUUACUUUCAAUUCAUUGCUUGUCCCGAAUCUUUCCCUUAUAUCUGGAGGUAGCCAAUCAGCAUUUGCCAAUAAGGAAAAUACCCGUGCACUUCUACUAGUUGCAAGCCAGAAAACUUUGCCCGUGAUGGUAGCAGUUGUCGAACAGCUUCAGGGUGCAUUAGGCGAACCCGGUUUACUGGUUCUUCCAUGCGUAGCAGCUCAUCUCAAUCAGAUAGUAAUCGACUCCUUCAUUGUGAGUCUAUGGAAGCAACAGGAUGCGCGAAUUGAAAAUGCCAAGGCUGCGUAGAGCUUUUUUCUGAACUACAUUGUGAUGGUAAGUUGCAAAUUUGAUCACUAUCUUGGUUGAAAUCGAUCUUUUCGUCGAGGUUAAGUGAAAAAUCAAUGGUUAUGUGCAGUAAUGUUGUAUAGGAAGAGGACAUAGAUGAAUAGGCAAGAAUGCAGUAUUGAUCUGAAGGUGCUGCAUUCAUUUGCUGUGUUAACAAAAUGCAGACUUGAGAUAAAAAAUUGUUGCGAAGAAGUAUUAGAUUAAUAUAUUAUGGCAUAAAUUAAUUUAUAUGGAAAAUAGUUAUAUUAUUGGAUAUAUGUAUAUUACUCCAUAUAAUACGAAAAAUGUAUACUGAUGUAUAUUAAUCUAAAAUGUAGACUUGAGAAUA